ACCGAUAAGUGGCAUCAUAAUCCAUUGUUUUCGCGCCUAAAUACCGCGUAAAAGGCGGGCUGCCUCCUAGAACCCCUGAAGAACUGAUAAAGUGCGCGAGUAAAAGUGGAACGUGGCACAAUAACCAAGAGCUCCCCAAAAACCCACGAUAAAGCCAGAAAAAACUCGAUCAUUGAAAAAAAAAUUCACACCUCCCAUCCAAGUCCCUGGAUUAUUUAUUUAUCCUCCCCAGCUGCACUAUAUACACGUAUAUAAAUAAUGUCGCAGCCAACAGUCACUUCGUUUUUCCACACGCGCAAACGACAGGCAACCGAUGAGCUGAGGAAUAAAGCCAAAGUCCUCAUUCUGGAGCAGAGAACGCGUCCAAAAAGUAUUGAGGUUAGUAAAUCCAUAGGAAAGGACAUUGAAGACUCCUCGGAGGAGACUUCGAGCCCAAAAAUUGUUUUUACCCAAAAUUCCAAACAGGAGAGGGUAAACUCAGUGGUCAGGAACAUUCAGUUCGAUGCAAAAACAAGAACACCCAGGAUGGCGACGAGGGCUAGGGCGACGAGGAGUAGAAAGCCAUCAGUUGCUGAGGGACAGCAGGACAUUCGCGAUUCAUUUUCCAAGAUCAACGAGGACAAGACUAGUAAGAACGUGAUUUUUGAGAAGAAGGGACUGUUGAGCCCCAGGAAAGCCACCUCCAAGGAGGAAGGGACUGAGGAGCCAGCUGCAGGCUCAACAACACCCAAGAGAAGUAUUUUGGAGCGGGUGGGAAGGUCUGAGCUGAGUCUUCGAGAGAUCAAGGACAGGAUUAAUAGGUCAUCGAGGCUGGCUGAGCUCAAGGCAUCCAUCGACAGGAUUAAGAAGUGCGAGGAGAAGUUGGAGGGGCUUCAGAGGAAGGAGAAAGGAGAGGAGAGUCAGGAGAACGAUGGAAUGCCUCCCAAGAUCAGGAAAUUCGAGAAGAUUGAGCUGGAGGUGCCUGUGAGCCCUCAGAAAGGGAUUCGAUCUCCCCUGAAGACACCGACGAAAUCUAUGAGAUUCUGUCCUGGGAUCAGUCCCCAGAGGCGCCUUCUCUUUGAACCCAAGGAGAAAACACCGAGUCCUGUCAAGUCCAGUCCAACAAAGGCACCUGCUUAUCAGAGGUAUCAGAGCAUCGUUGACUCAGCAACGCCUGCACUCACUCUACCAUUCACCUAUCGAUUCCUGGGUGAGGUCUUCAGGUGUGUCGACACCGUUGCUGCUAUGCUGUUUAACAGAAAGGAGACUAUUACAUUCAGAAAAUUGAAACCAGCUGUUCAGGAAUUACUCAGGAGGAAUUUUACGGUCGAGCAUUUGGCACAGGUGCAGACUGUCCUACCUGAGGCAUUUGCUCUGAGCAUGGAGAAGAUGAGAUCCUUCGGGUCAGCCUCUAAACAGGAGAAGUAUGAGCUUGUGAUUGUGCCCAAGGUCGAGGGUAAGAGUGGGAGGAACACUCCAGAUGGUGAUGAUGUCAUUAAAUCUGCUGCUGAGAGCAGCAUGGCACCUGGGAUUCUUCUAGAGCGGAGGAGAUUGUUCUACAAUGCUCUUCUAGAGCGAGUAAAGACUGAACACGAGAAGUUCCUUCUCAAUUUGGAGAGCCCCAUGGUCAUUCCGAGGGAGAAAAUAACUCGAUGGCAUCCAGAAUUCGAUGUUGACAGUUGUCCUGUCAUUGAGAAGGCUGAAUUACCUCAGCCACCCAACGUUGAAAAAGCAACAUCAGCUCACGAUGUUCUGGCGAAGGCAAAGAGUCUGUUCAACUGCAAUACGAGGAUGGAGAAGGCCCUUCAACGUUUGGCUGAGGCAAACAUGACGUCCACCAGCUCUUCAUCAAGUACAGCAGUGGAGACAAAGACGAAUGGCUCCAGGAGCGUUGAAAUAUCUGGUGUUGAUACACCACCAGCCACACCGCAGGCUGAGAAGAAGGGGCCGAUUAAUCCUGCCCUCAAGGGCAUUCCCAUGUCUCUUCUGGAGAAAGUUCGAGCUAAACAGGCAGCAAAGGCACUGGAGGCAAUGACGAGGACACCGAGUGAGGACAAAGAGGCUGCUCUGCAUGCACGUCUUCCAGAGAUGUCGAAAAUCCUGAGGAAUAUAUUCGUUGCUGAGAAAAAGGGAGUCCUGACACUCGAGUUUGUCAUUCACAAGCUCGACAAUUCGUAUAGAACGAAAAUGACACCAGCUGAGCUCGAGGAGCACAUUAAACUCAUGUGCAAACUGCUACCCACUUGGGCUAGUAUUCAUAAUGUUAGGAAAACUAAUUACCUCAAGAUUGCUAAGGACAUUGACAUCGCUAAAGUUGUUAAACGAUUUGAAAUCAUGGCUAACGAUAAAGUUAAAGGUUGAUCUAGUGUUUCUGGAUCAACAGUUCGUCCAAUUAGUUUAAUUUAUCCACCGAGUUGGGGAAUAGGCUUGGUAAUUAAUUAAUUAUUCAAUUAUUUUUUAAGAGAAUUUCUUUUGGAUUCGAUCGUUUGAGACUGACUGCCCGCACGUGUCGAAUUUAUUCAAUCAAUUUUUCAGUGCUUCAGUUUUUUUGAUUUAUUUGCAAUUGCAAUUAUUCCUGCAUUUUGGAACUUUUUUGUAGUGGGGACGAGCGAUUAAUUGACUUGGAAUUUAUUAAUUUUUUUUGUACACAUGUAUUCAUCCGAUAAUAAACUUUUUCAUUGCAA